ACAUGUGCUGAAGAGGUUGAGAGAUAAUAUUUUGAGUAAGGUAACACAAGUGACAAAUAGACGGUGCAUGAAAUCUUUAAAUAAAUGCUCAAUAAAGGUAAAACAUAUUUAAGGUGUCCCUUAAGUGUAUUCUUACAGCCAAUAAGUUAAGUAAUAGUGUGGUCUAAGUUUAAAGUUUAGAAAAUGAAAGAAAUUUUCAGACAUCUUGCCAUGUCAAAAGUGUGCGUUUCUGUAGAACGACCCUCCUACUUUCGUUGUACUACCUCCUAAUUCCCUGUGAGGAAAUAAGGUUUUAAGAAUCUCUACAAGGACUGUUAUCUUAUUUAAAUUCCUGUCGGGGUAAGUACAUACAUGUAACCAUAUACAUGGAAUUAAAUGUUUAGUUAGUAAGUUCACUCAUUGCCUCAGUGAUGUAUUCAAGCCUGCUGUACUGGCAACCAUGGUAGUAGUGUUAGCCAUUAGCAUGACUUCCUGCUUUGGCUAACCCCCACAAUCCAGGGCUUGCUAGUUUGAGCGUCUCCCCCUCAUGCUGAUUGGUCUAUGGCUGUGUGUGCUGGCACAGUCCCCUGCUUUAUGGCCUUUCCUCGGAACAGUCCCAUUGAGGAGUGAAUGUUGCAGCACUGCAUGCUCCUGCAGCUCUCCCUAACAGGGCAACUUCUAUGUCCAGAAAAAGCUCUACAGCCUUGAAUUGAGCAAAUGAAGCUGAAGGCCAGGUGGUGUUUGUUGGCACUGGGUCUUGGCCUUGGCCUGUCUCACUACCACUGCAGCACCACAUGUGGGACAACAUCAAUUGUCCAUCUGUUUGAAUGGCGCUGGAGAGACAUAGCUGAAGAAUGUGAGAACUAUCUUGGUCCUAACGGCUUUGAUGCUGUGCAGAUUUCCCCUCCUAGUGAGAACGUUGUGGUGGCCCAGCCGUGGAGACCUUGGUGGGAGAGAUAUCAGCCAAUCAGCUACAAGCUCUGCUCCAGGUCGGGUACGGAACAGGAGCUACGGGACAUGAUCUCCAGAUGCAACAAAGCUGGGGUGAAGAUCUACGCGGACGUAGUCAUCAAUCACAUGUGCUCGGCAAGCGCAGGGGAAGGCAGGCGCUCGACCUGUGGAUCAUACUUCAAUGCCAGCAAAGAGGAGUUCCCAUCUGUGCCCUACUCAGCUUCCCACUUCAACGAUGACAAAUGCACCACCGCGAGUGGAAAUAUUGAGAAUUACCAAGACAUUUAUCAGGUGCGUGACUGCCGUCUGGUGGGGCUGCUGGACCUUGCCCAUCGUAAGGAGCAUGUGAGGGAGCGGGUGGCCAGCUACAUGAACUCCCUACUGGAUAUGGGGGUGGCCGGUUUCAGGGUGGAUGCCUGCAAGCACAUGUGGCCGCAGGACCUGAACGCAAUCUACGGCCGACUGCACAAUCUCAACACGGAGUGGUUUCCAGAAGGUUCCAGACCUUUCAUUUACCAAGAGGUCAUUGACCUUGGUGGGGAACCCAUAAAGGCAAGCGAAUACUCUGGGCUUGGCCAUGUAACAGAGUUCAAAUACGGAGCUAAGCUAGGAUCUGUCAUUCGCAGAUGGAACAGAGACAAGCUCGCUGACCUUAAGACCUUUGGAGAAAGCUGGGGACUGAUGCCUUCCAACCAAGCCCUGGUGUUUGUGGAUAACCAUGACAACCAGAGAGGGCAUGGAGCAGGAGGGACAUCUAUUUUGACGUUCUGGGAGCCAAGAAUGUACAAAAUGGCCGUGGCCUUCAUGCUGGCUCAUCCUUACGGCGUGACCAGACUGAUGUCGAGCUACCGCUGGGACCGCCGUCUGCUGGACGGGAAGGAUCAGAACGACUGGAUGGGCCCUCCCAGCUAUCCGGACGGCUCCACCAAGCCCGUCCCCAUCAACCCCGACGGCAGCUGUGGAGGGGACUGGGUGUGCGAACACAGAUGGCAUCAAAUCAGGAAUAUGGUAACCUUCCGGAAUGUGGCCCAUGGGCAGCCGUUAUCCAACUGGUGGGACAAUGGUGAGAACCAGAUUGCUUUUGGGCGAGGAGAUCGCGGAUUCAUAGUCAUCAACAAUGAUGAUUGCACUCUGGACGCCUCACUGCAGACGGGCAUGCCUGCCGGGUGCUACUGCGAUGUGAUCUCUGGCCAGAGGACUGCUGCCGGCACGGGCUGCACAGGGAAGCGGAUCACCGUAGGGGACGAUGGAAGAGCCCAUUUUUCCAUCAAGGCCUCCGAAGAGGACCCCUUUGUUGCCAUCCACUCAGGCUCAAAGUUGUGAUCAAAUGGGACACUCUGGCUUGGGAUAAGAGAGCUUUGAAAGGCAGUGGGCCCGAGUCAGUGAGAGAAAGUAGUGAAACCAGACUGUGAGUUUCGAGAGAUUAUUUCAGUCAGGUAAUUGCAAUGAAACCAUGAAACUUCUGUGUAUUACUGAAGUUCAGACAUGCCAGUAUCCAUUCCAUUAAUCCACAGGAUUGGUUUACAUUGAGAGGGAGCAUUAAAAUCAACUGUGAUUCAGCUCAAAACAGUGAGUAUAAGAAAAUAGGCAUACUUCUUGGUGUUGUACAAAUCUACAUAGACAUGCACUGAAGCUUUGUGUCUUCCCGUUUCAUAUAAAUAAAUUAUAGUCUGUGAA